AUGGACAGACCGGUACAUGCAGGAUCUGUCCAAUGUCAUUUCAGACUGGAGCAGCCACGAUUUCUCAAUGACCUAUUGACCACAGAGCUGUUUGCUGCGAUGCACUGUACUCAGACACAGCUUGGUCUGGUGAUCUCCUCAGGUCUCCUCGAGACGGAAGUAGUGCUAGAGCAAUUUGCAAGUCGCACUUCAGGGUUGUCCAGUGAAGUGAAUAAUGCCUCUCCUUCCGCCUUUGACGGUGGAUUCGCCGCCCGCAUAGCUCAGGCUUCAAAGGUUAGUCUAUACCGACUGAUCCCAGUCAGACAGUAA